AUGUGGCCAGAUCCGUUUUACUAUCAGGACGUCCCGAAGCUUAAAGAUACAGUUGCCAUUUCCAUUGUGAAUAUUGCGAGCAUUCCCUUCCUUCAGGAAAGAGGAAAUCAAGUUGAUACGGAGACAACAGUGACCCUGGAACGCCCGGCUCCCGAGGACCCCAGCCGAGCCCCUCCGCACCCCGGGCACCAGGCUCGCUGCGCGCCCCGCGCCGCGCUCCCGCGGGCGCACGCGCACAGGCGCCGCGUUGGGACCGGCCGCGCUCUCGCGGGCGCACGCGCACAGGCGCCGCGUAGGGACCGGCCGCGCUCUCGCGGGCGCACGCGCACAGGGGCCGCGCUGGGCCGCCGCGCUCUCGCGGGCGCAUGCGCACAGGCGCCGGGGCGGGGCUACCAAGUUGUUGCCAAGGAGCCGGGGCCGCGCAGUGGCCGUGGGGACCCCCCUCUUUUCUCUUUUUGCCCUUAUCUGGCUCUCUUUUUUCCUUUCUUCUUUCUUCUCCACCCGACCCCUCUUCCUACAGGCCCGAGACUGACGCCGUUGCUACGUCGGGGCCGUGCUGUCGCCGCGCAGCCCCGCGUGCCCCCUUCCCUCCGCAGGUCGCGGCUGCCGCUGCUCACUCGCCACCCGGCGCCCGAGGAACCGAUAUUUCGGGUGCUCCGCUGCCGACAAAUACAGAUGAACUGCCCAGGUAAAAACUUACAUGGGGAUGUUUCUACUGCUGAGAUGCCAUAUGAAUAGUGUAGGAAUUUUAAGUCCUUUCAGCAGUGAAGAUUUAUGAUCCCUUUCCCCGCUCUUAUAAGAUUUAAAGAUGUGAUGUCCUGUCUACAUCAGCUUCAACUCCGGGCAUGUUUGAAAAUCCACAUUAAAUAUUGUUUUAAAUUGUUUCUUAUAUUCUCAAUAUGAUGAAAAUAUUUGGUUUAGGAAUUGGAAAUUUAGGAAAUUUUGUACUGUGUUUAAGCAGUACCUCUUGUAAGAGUAAUGAAAUAAGUUGUCAUAUCACAGCUACCUCACAAGGAGAGAGUCACAGUUUGUCAUAAGGGGAGAGUGACAGCUAUGACACAAGGAUAGGGGAGAGUACAAUUAGAAACAGUCACACCACAUGAUGACCUGGUUAGCUUGUUGCGCCUAUGAAACCACUAAAUUUGAAUCGUACAUUCCUCCUCAUCCCUCAGGGACCAAAUAUGUCUGAGACCAGGACAACUUUUAGUUGUCAGUUUUAAGACAGUGUUGAAUUCCUAAAUGUUAAAGUUGGAAGGGACUUUAAAGAUAAGAGUAUUCAACUUAGUAUUUAGUGAGGACUGAAUUCAGACAGAAAAAAUGACUUACAAGUCUUACAGCUAGUUGUAAGUCACACCUUCUGAUUCUUAUUCCAAAGCUCUUCUCACCGUCCUUUUUUCCUUUUGACACUACUCUGAUUUGCUAUUCUCUGUUAACUGGUUCUAUGUUUUUCUCCUUUGACUGUUUCAUAUUCAAGCUCUGAAAUAACUAAUAUAUUAACUGACUGCACAGUUCCAACAAUUGGAGCUACUGAUCACAAAUCUCUUUAAGUUAAUGGAGUGGCCUCUGGUUUUGGUCUUUCCCAUCUCCUGGCCCCACGUGCCCACCCCUUAAGUGACUAACU